AUGCAGGGCGUCACAGCUUUCGACCCGGCCAAGGAUAUACCCGAUCUUACAGGCAAAGUUAUACUUGUGACUGGCGGUACCGCAGGGCUAGGCGCCACAUCCGUACGAGCGUUCGCUGCUCAAAAUCCCUCGCAUAUAUACUUCACUGGCCGCAAUGUCUCCGCCGCUAAUGCCCUGAUCUCCGAAAUCAAGGCCAAACACCCGACUGCCGCUUUGACCUUUAUCGAAAUGGAUCUAUCUUCGUUACAGUCCGUGAAGCAAGGGGUGUUAACCGGCUUCAAACAUGACCACCUUGAAAUCUUAAUCAACAACGCCGGCAUUAUCGCAAAACCACAGGGCCUCAGCACAGACGGUUACGAAAUCCAAUUCGCGACCAACCACCUCGGGCACGCUAUGCUCACCCAGCAGCUCCUACCGUAUCUCCUGACCGCUACACAAACACCGGGCGCUGAUGUGAGAGUUGUCACAGUUUCAUCCGACGGCUACGCAGCUCACCGCGGAAUCAAAGGCGGGAUAUCAUUUACCGAACUAGACAGCGGUAGCACAAUGUCCCGCACCGUCCUCGGCCCCUGGGUUCGCUACGGCCAAUCCAAACUAGCGAACAUCUUGUUCGCAUCUGAACUCGCGCGGCGGUAUCCAAACAUCACCUCGGUAUCCAUUCAUCCCGGUGUCGUCGAGACACCAAUGAACACCGAGAUGCGGGGAUUCAACAAGAAAUUUGUCUCGAUAACUACCUGGUUGGGUGGCAUCAAAUGGAUGAAACCAGAGCAGGGAGUUUUGAAUCAGCUAUGGUGUGCAGCGGGGGCGAAGAAAGAGGUGUUGAAAAAUGGAGGGUUUUAUCGGCCGGUUGGGGUGGAUGAUUGGGAGACGCUGACGAAAGAAGCCAGAGACGGAGAGCUUGCUAAGAAACUCUUGGACUGGACGGAAAGCGUUCUCGAUAAUUUCUAAAUUGUUGUGUUGGGGCUGUUUUACAAGGCAUAU